AUGGAACACGCUGCAGAGGAUUACUAUGACAUGCCCGUCGAAAUGCUGCCGUCUGCAAACUUUGCAGGCCGGCCUACAAGCGAGAUCAGUACGAGCAUGCUUGAUGGUCUUUGGACUAUGAUGUUUUCCUCGGCCUCGAAUUCCGAAGAUGAAGUGGAGGAUGACAACGAUACCACACUGCAACUACGAACACCUCCGAGAUCACCACCUUCGCACGGGCAACCAGAGUCACCAGAAACACCAACGAUUAGAAUGGCGUCGCCGCCGCUCAAAGAUAACCUUAGACUGUGGAGGAGAAGCUUCAGCAACAAAGUCAAUGUCACAGAUCAACCUCGAUUACGGAAGAAGUCACAGACAGCACCUCCAGGCGUCUUCGAAGCAUUGAUUGCGCCAGCACUAGAACCGCGACGAGCGAUCAGUGCAAGGCUGACCUAUACGAAAACGAUCAGGAGAGGGAAACCGAGGCCGUGUGAUAGGUUCGCGAACUGUUUGGAUAUCAGAGAAGCCUCUAGCAACGAGCGAUUGGGACCGCGCAAGGCACUACCCAAACCACCAUGCCAGGGUGAUGAGGCCACCAUCUUGUCUGAAAUGAGGCAUGAUCCCGGAUCUCUCUCCGAUAAAGCACGAGUACAAGAAACCUUGAAACAGAAGCAGCUUAGGACGUUAAACACAGCUCUGGCGGACUUUGAGUCAAAGAAAUUACCUACCUCACCAAGCUCGAUGCUGUCAACACCACGAGAAUGUUACGCGAUACCAAACCAGCUUGCGACAAGUGAAACUUUAGGUAGUCCACACUCAUCUCGCUCGUGGGGUCGGAAAUCAGUCAAGUCGGUCAAAACCAUUAUUCAUCAAAAAACCCACUCGCCCUCGUCCGCACGGGCAAACGUAGAAGGCCGCCGUACGCUAAAGCGCAAGCACAACUAUGGAGACGUUGACGCGGCUGAAAGGCGGAGAGUUUAUCUACCCGGGGCGAUUAUGCUGGCGGCGCAUCCAGCUAAGCUCCGUAGAGACUCUGUAGCAACGCUUGAUCCAUUUACGUUUGACCCCAAGCUAGACUCACCAGGAAGGCGAAUAUCGGAUACCGUUGGGCUGGAUGGCAUAGUCAUGUUUUUCGAGGAAUUCGGUGUGGUUGGGAAUGUUACUGAAGUCACCUUUGACCAGUACUGGUUACGAGAAAGUCUAAUCAUGAGCGACGACAUGGAUGAAGGGAUGCAGGACAUGGCCACGCGCAAGGCAAGCGUUUGUAGCGUGGAGGAGACAGGGCCAAUAUGCCAUGGUGUCGCACAGAGUCCUCCCCAGGAAGAGGGCCUGAAGUCCAAGUUCUCGUCCGCGUCAUCUACGGUUUCGAUGCAUCCACCAGAGAAACGUAAGCGCAGCAGGCUGAGAGGACUGCUGUCACCAGGCCUUCCUGGCGCAGCCUUCCUCAAGUCCCCUGCGACUUGGGGACAACAGAUGGAAAGUUGGUGA